AUGGUCAAGAAUUGGGGCCAGGCAAGGCGUGACACGCAGGAGGAGACCCCGUUGGCACAGAAAAGGUCCGAGGAGCGCGACGACGAGGCAAGACAGAUGAGUCGCAAAGACAUUCCACGUUGCGGAUCCAGCGCGCGGUGCACUCAGCGGACCGCCCCAGGUCAAUCCGGGAUAAUGACCGCGAUUAAAGUCGUGGGUCGGCUUGGCAAACUACAUGGAGGAAAGCAGAGGGGGAAGGAUGAGGCCCAAGUAUGGCAGGGCUGGCUAAUUGAUGGUCUGGAGAAGCGCGACCGAAUGGAAGUGGAAGAGAUGAUGAGGGGGAAUGGAUGGAGGGAUUGA